AUGGGAGACGUUGCCGUCGAGAAUCCGGCGAACAACGUCACGCCUCUUGUCAAGCCAGGCGCGCUCGACGCCCUCGCCAACUUGGAUUCCCUUGAUGGCACGGGAGCUGAUGGAAACGAUGAAUAUGCUACUUUGAAGAGGCUACAGAGACAUCUAGAGUAUAUCCAACUGCAAGAGGAAUACAUCAAGGAUGAGCAGAGAAGCUUGAAGAGGGAGCUGGUGCGAGCACAGGAAGAGAUCAAGCGUAUACAGAGUGUGCCAUUGGUCAUCGGACAGUUUAUGGAAGCUAUCGAUCAGAAUACCGGUAUUGUGCAAAGCUCGACCGGUUCUAAUUACGUCGUCCGUAUCCUGUCCACCCUCGACCGCGAGAAGCUCAAGCCCUCAUCCUCGGUCGCCCUCCACCGCCACUCCAAUGCACUUGUUGAUAUCCUUCCCCCAGAGGCCGACUCCUCUAUUGCGAUGCUCGGUGAAAACGAGAAGCCCGAUGUGACAUACGCAGAUGUUGGUGGUUUGGAUAUGCAGAAGCAGGAAAUUCGGGAAGCUGUCGAGCUGCCCUUGACACAUUUCGAACUUUACAAGCAGAUCGGUAUCGACCCCCCUCGCGGUGUUCUGCUGUACGGUCCUCCCGGAACCGGAAAGACCAUGCUGGUGAAGGCUGUGGCGAACAGCACAACCGCAAGCUUUAUCCGUGUCAACGGAUCGGAGUUCGUUCAGAAGUACCUCGGAGAAGGACCCCGUAUGGUCCGUGACGUGUUCCGAAUGGCGCGUGAGAACUCACCGGCCAUUAUCUUCAUCGAUGAAAUCGACGCCAUCGCCACAAAGCGUUUCGAUGCGCAAACCGGUGCCGAUCGUGAGGUGCAGCGUAUUUUGCUGGAAUUGCUGAACCAGAUGGACGGUUUCGAGCAGACCAGCAAUGUCAAGGUCAUCAUGGCCACCAACCGAGCCGAUACCCUGGAUCCCGCCUUGCUGCGUCCCGGUCGUCUGGACCGCAAGAUUGAGUUCCCGAACCUGCGUGAUCGCCGUGAGCGUCGCUUGAUUUUCACCACCAUUGCAUCGAAAAUGUCGCUGUCCCCUGAGGUGGAUCUCGAUGCCCUCAUUGUGCGCAACGACCCUCUUUCCGGUGCUGUCAUUGCGGCCAUUAUGCAGGAGGCUGGUUUGCGGGCUGUCCGUAAGAACCGCUACAAUAUCAUUCAAUCUGACCUUGAAGACGCCUACGCUGUCCAAGUGAAGACUGGACAGGAUGAUGACCGUCCCGACUUCUACCGGUAA